GUACCGAAUACCGAACCGACGGAAGACACGAAGGGGAGCGCAGGCACAGAGCCAACGACGACCGGCUGCCUUGCUAGCGCACGUACACCUGCUGUUUUUGGAAAUUGCUCUGUCUGUGCAAACGCCUGGCACCUUAGUCUGCCGUGUCUAGUGGUGGAGGUACACGCUUGGGUGUGUUCGAGGGUGCUGCUAGCAGUCUCUCGUGUGAACAUCCACAUCUUAGGUGCGGAGAAUAGACACGGGGCAACCGCAGCAUGGCUACGACCGCCCUGCAAACGAUAGACACACAUCACAGCGGUAACAUCCACGACGCGCAGCUGGACUACUAUGGCAAGAAGCUCGCUACCGCGUCAAGUGAUUGCAAGAUCAACAUCUUCGAGGUUGUCGGGGACAGCCACCACAACCAACUCGACUCUCUCUCCGGGCACGACGGUCCGGUUUGGCAAGUCGGAUGGGCACACCCGAAGUUUGGCGUGCUCCUGGCUUCCUGCUCCUACGAUAAAUCCGUCAUCAUCCACCGGGAGACGCCGCCGGGAACCUGGAGCCCGGUACACAAGCACGAACUCCAUACGUCCAGUGUAAAUAGCAUUGCAUGGGCGCCCCAUGAGCUAGGCUUGAUGCUCGCGUGCGCUUCGAGUGACGGCCGCGUGAGCAUUCUUCAGCACCAGCCGAACGACGAGUGGCAUACCACAUUCAUCCAAGAUUCCAAACUUGGCUGUAACUCUGUGAGCUGGGCGCCUUUCAACAGCUUGGGAUCGAGGGAGGGCGAGAAAGUGUACAUGCGGCUAGUCACCGGCAGCUGCGACAACCGGGUCAGGUUUUGGAGAUGCGCGGUAGGGGAGACGGUGUGGAAAGAAGACGGGAGCUCCCAUGACUCCUCCCCCCGGCACUCGGACUGGGUGCGAGACGUGGCCUGGGCGCCCGCGACGGGCAUGCCGUGCAAUAUCGUCGCCAGCUGUUCGGAGGACAGAGGUGUGGUCAUCUGGACGCAGUCGCAAGCCUCGGGACCCUGGGCAGCGGCUGAAAUGAAGACCUUCCCGGCGCCGGUGUGGCGUGUUUCUUGGUCUAUCACCGGAAACGUUCUCGCCGUGUCGUCGGGUGACAGCGAUGUGUCGCUCUGGAAGCAGAACCUGGAGGGUGCGUGGGAGUGUAUUUCUACGGUGCCGGAGGAGGCAGGUCCCACGCCUUCGCCUCACUACUGAAAAACAUAAGUAUACAUUUUUGGUUGUGCUGUAGGGCUCUUUUGCUGCAUGAAAGUUGUAAAAGUAGUAUGAGAGCAUGAAACCAGUGCGGUUCAGGUUUUUGUCCAGUUCGUGUCUUUUCUCCGAUUCAAGGUUAUGGCCGUCAUUAUGGCUAUAGAUGUCAGGGUCGCACGGGCCCGGGGGUGUUGCUACAGCAAGCAGUAGUCAGUCUUGAGGCACUCCAUUGGAGUAUCUCGUGCAUCGGGCAUGAUUUACAGUAAACAGCUGUCGUGAACUUGCUUGGUUUGGACAUGGACAUGCCACAUGACCCAAUAGUCCGGUACCAGCACUCAUUGAGAGGCUCCAUUACCACCCUGUCAGCAGCGGAUACGCAAACGUGUGUACACAAUUCGCAGGUAUCUUGCCGC